CGGUGAGCGCGGGAGAGCCUGAGACCAGCCCGGUGGCCUGCAAAGAGCGGGCCGCCUCAAUGGGCUCCAAGAGGGGUAGGCUGGACCGCAUAAGGUCCUAAGAGCUGCGAUUCUGGAAGGCAGUGAGUAUGGUGGGGGUCCUGGCCAUGGCGGCUGCUCCCACUCCCGUGAAAGACUACGAGAUUGAGCCAUGCAAAAAACGAAGGAAAGAUGAUGAUAGACCUUCCUGCAAAACAAUUACAAAAUAUUUAUCACCAACAGAGAAGACUGGAGACAGGGUUUUCUCUCCACCAAAAUCCAGCAAUAUUUUGGAUUAUUUUAGAAAGACUUCCCCUGCAAAUGAGAAGGUACAAUCAGCGAAAGAGGGCAAGAUAAAGUCUUCUGCACCAUCUCUUGUUAACAAUAUUGAUGACUGUAAGAAAUCUUUGGGACUGUUCUCAAAUGCAGAGAUUAAGAGGAAAGGAAAGAGGGUUAAUUUAUCUCAUCAACUAAAUAAUAUUAAAAUUGAGAAUGAGUCUCCAGUUGAAAUUAAUAGUGAUGAUAGCAAAGAUGACUCUAGUUUAAAUAAUGAUGUGGGAAAUAGUACUUCUGUUCUGCUUUACAAGAAAUGUGUAGAUGUUCAUGUAGAAAGUAUCGAAGAUACCAAAAAACAGGCACAUAUUAUGACCUCCAAAAAAAAUAAUAAGAAAGUAAGUCCUAAAGAAGGGACCACAAAAAAUGAUUGCAGAAAGUUGAGAAAAAGGAAACAGCGGAAUGUAAUAGCUCUAACUGAAUGUUUAGCCUUGACAGAAGGAUUAAAUUUACUUAAAAAAGAUGGUAAAGAUAGUAAACAGACAAUGCCUUCCCUAAAUAAUAAAACUAAGAAUACUACAAGUGAUGCAGAUUCCAGUGAUCAUGUAAUUGAAACAGCCCAUUUAAAUGAUGGUAUAAUAACUAUCUCAUAUGAGGAAUUUUUAAAAAGUCACAAAGAAAAUAAAGUGGAACAAAUAGCAGAUUCUACAAUAUCAAUUUGUGUUCCUUCUGAAAGUGUUGAAGAAGUAGUCAACAGUGGCUGUAUAAGUGAAUCAGAAAACUGUGAAAUAUCUCAGCAGGUACACUUGAAGACAGUCACUGUUCUUGCACAAGUUCAUCCCAUCCCCCCAAAAAAGGCAGGGAAAAUACCUUCAAUUUUCUUGAAGCAAAAGCAUUCUGAGCUGGAAAACAGCCUGUCUGAUCCUGAGAAUGAACAGACAACACAGAAAAGAAAAUCUAAUGUUGUCAUAGAGGAAGAGGAGUUAGAAUUGGCAGUGUUAGAAGCUGGAAGUUCUGAAGUUGUGAAACCAAAAUGUACCCUCGAAGAAAGACAGCAGUUUAUGAAAGCAUUUAGGCAGCCUGCAACUGAGGCACUUAAAAAUGGAGUCAAAAAGCCUUUGGAUAAGCAGAAAGACCACAAUGAAAAAUCUUUAAAUGAAGAAGGAAGUGAUAAUAAUUGUAAAAAAAUCAUGGAAAAUCCCAGUGUCCAAAUGGUUUCAAAUAAUGACAGCUCAAAGUCAUACACUGAUAAAGAAAGUUUCCCUAAAAAGAAAAAGAAAAAGGUAAAGAAAAAGGUUAAGAAAAUAUUAGAUACUGGGACUACUCAAGAUGAGACCAAAGAGGAAUACACUCAAAAGCAAAAAUCAACUUUUUCCUUAAAAGAUAAACAAAAUCCAAAUAGGCUUAGAAUGAGUUUAAGGCAAAAGAAUUCAGAAACUUUCAAAAGCAGUACAUUACUUAACAGUGAAAGUCUUCAUGAAGCAUAUGGUGAACCUCUAAAAAUUUCCUCUAUACGUAACAAUAAAUCAUCAAGAAAAACCAGCAUGCCAGUUAAAGGUGAUAAGUUUAUAUAUUCUAAAGCUGAACCUGAAGACAGAUUGGUAAAUGUUUCCACUCCCAAAUCAACCAGAAGGUCUACAAGAUGUAGCAGCACAUCUACUGCAGUGACUUUUAGAGGUACUGAUUCUGAAGAUGCACAGGACAAUAGUCCGGUAAAGACUUCCAUGCCUGUAUCUGAAAAACACAGCCUGUACACAGCGGAAUUGAUAACAGUACCAUCUGAUUCAGAGAGCCCUAUUAGAAUGAAAUUUACCAGAAUUAGCACUCCCAAAAAAUCUAAGAAAAGAUCUAAAAAAUCUGAAGCAAGUGAUGGAGACUUGACUUCUCAGACUAGAAAGAACCUAGCAUAUGGUAGGGCAAACAGUACUUCAAAAAAUAUUUCAAAAGCCAAGCAACUGAUUGAGAAAGCAAAAGCCUUACACAUCAGUAGGGCAAAGACCACUGAAGAAAUAGUCAUACCUUUAAGACGUUCCUCUAGGCAUCAGGCACUUCGUGAAAGGGAGAAAUCAUCAGAAACGGAUAUUAAUCUGUUCUGGAAAUUUCAUGACUCUAUUAUUACAAUAGAUUCAAGUCCUACUUCUUUAAAGAAUACAGAGAAGAAUCAGAAGAAACUACAGAGCUUAAAUGAUGUGCUAGGAAAAAAACUUAAAGAGUCUCCUAAAAAUAUACCCGGAAAAAUGAAAGUUGCACCUUUAUUUCUUGCCAAAAAAGCUCAGAAAACAGCUGAUCCUAUCCUUGCUCUUGAUGAGAACAGUCAAGAUACGUCUGAAAAAUCUCAGGAUUGUAAUGUACAAUUUAAAGCAAAGCGUGAUUUUCUAAUGAGUGGUUUGCCAGAUUUGUUGAAACGACAAAUUGCAAAGAAAGCUGCAGCACUGGAUGUGUACAAUGCAGUGGGUACCAGUUUCCAGUCUGUUGUUCAUGUACAGCAAAAGGAUGAUGGGUGUUGGUUAUGGCAUUUGAAACCACCUUCUUGUCUUCUCUUAACUAAAUUUAAAGAACAGGAUACAAAAGUAACAGAUAUUCACAAACAUAUGAUUGCUCUUGGUGAAUUCUCAACAUUAGAUUCAAAUUUGAAGAGUGACUCUGCUAUUAUGCUUACGAGGACAAAGAAUGAUUUUACUAAAGAAGUAAGAAAUACUUUGCUGGAGGAAAUUGGGUGGUCAAAUCCUAGCUUUUCUUUGGGAAAAUAUUUUCCCUUGCUUCUAAAAAAACGAAUUGAAUACCAGGUACUUUCUGAGUAUCAUGGUAAACAAGAAAGUUCACAACUAGAGCCUGAUGUCAGUCAAAAAGAAACGAAAAGGAAACGAAUGGAAACAGAAACUCAGAAGUCAAAAAGAAAGAAACUAAGUGAAUAUUCAGUAAGCCCAGAAAAGAUAAGAGAGAAGCCAGAAGAACUUGACAAAAGCAACAACUCUUCUAGCAAAAAGCUAGAUUCUUCCAAAGAUAUAUUUUCUAAAACAUUCUGGAAGAAGCCAACUGCUUUAAGUACAACAUGCAAAGUAAAAACAGAAGCAGUAGUGAAUAAUGAUAUUCUGAUAGUAGAUGAUGACAAAGAGCCUGCAGCAGAAAUAUCUUCUGUUCCUGAUUGUGGAACUGAAGACAUGCUUUGGACAGAAAAGUACCAACCUCAGAAUGCUAGUGAACUCAUAGGCAAUGAGUCAGCUAUAAAAAAGUUACAUAGCUGGUUAAAAGACUGGAAAAGAAGAGCUGAAUUGGAAGAGAGACAGAAUUUGAAGGGCAAAAGAGAUGAGAAACAGGAAGAUUUUCCUGAUAGCAUAGAUUUUCAAGGCAGUUCAGAUGAAGAGAGCCAUCUUUGCAACACUGUUCUUAUAACAGGGCCAACAGGAAUCGGGAAAACUGCAGCAGUGUACGCUUGUGCACAGGAGCUUGGAUUCAAGAUAUUUGAAGUGAAUGCCUCCUCCCAGCGCAGUGGUAGACAAAUUUUGUCUCAACUUAAAGAAGCUACUCAGUCCCAUCAAGUAGACAAACAAGGUGUAAAUGCACAAAAACCCUGUUUUUUUAAUAACUACAGUAUAGGCAAGUCACCAAAAAAAUUAAACUCCCCGAAGAAAGUUGUUACAUCACCACGAAAACUUCCUCCAUCAUCACCAAAAAGUACUGGACAGAAGAGAGCACUUCCCCCUAAAACACUGGCAAAUUACUUUAAAGUAUCUUCUAAACCCAAAAAUAAUGGAGAAAUAGACACACUUCUCAGAAAUGAUAAAGGAAUCAAAAAUUCUUUGGAACAGAAGCAAAUUGGUCAGACUAAAUCUACAAAUUCAGUGAAUUCAAAUGCCAAAGAAGUUGGACCUGAAGAACACAAGAGGAAAAGUGCAACAUCUCUCAUUCUUUUUGAGGAGGUUGAUGUCAUUUUUGAUGAAGAUGCUGGGUUUCUGAAUGCAGUCAAAACAUUUAUGGCAACAACUAAACGACCUGUAAUCCUUACAACAAGUGAUUCAACAUUUAGUUCAAUGUUUGAUGGCAACUUUGAAGAAAUCAAUUUCAGUACUCCUUCUCUGCUAAAUGUUGCCAGCUACCUACAAAUGAUCUGCUUAACUGAAAAUUUCAGAACUGAUGUAAGAGACUUUGUCACCUUGUUAACUGCAAAUGCUUGUGAUAUCAGAAGAAGUAUCCUUUACUUACAGUUUUGGAUUAGAAGUGGAGGUGGAUUUUUAGAAGAAAGGCCACUAUCUCAUUCUGGACGAAAUAGCCGAAAUGUACUAGUUUACACUGAAGAUGGCCCUGAGUCCAAAAAUAACACUAAAAAUACUAAAAAGAAUCGAAUAGUCCUUCCCAGAUGUGACACUGGCUGUGCUGAGACCUUCUUUGGAGUCAAGAACAUUUUUUCUCCAUCUGAAGAUUUAUUUUCGUUUUUAAAGCAUAAAAUCACAACGAAGGGCGAAUGGCAUAAAUUCAUCCAGCUUCUCACGGAAUUCCACAUACAGAAAAUAGAUUUUUUAUUUAGUAAUCUUGAAUUCAUCCUGCCAUUACCAGUUGGUAUUAUUCCAGAAACAAAAAGCCUUUGUGGCUCAUCUGUAACUGCAGACGCCAAUGCAACAACCAGAAGUAUGAAAUGUCUUGUCAGGACAUGUUCUGAAGGAGAGCAGCCAUUGAAAAAGUCACAGAAAAGGAAACGUAAGAAAAAGAUGGUGACACUAGAUGACAGUGACUUAUUUGACACUGGAUUGGACUUUUCUGAUGAAUUUACUAACCUAUCCCAUGUGUCUUCCUCAGAUUUAGAAGAAAGCAAAGCCACACGCAAAGAAAACAAUCCAAAGAGAAGGAAUCUAAACCAGUAUUCACAGUCUGACAUUGAAUCUAUUCCUUGUCCUCCUAAAACAUCAGCAGAGAAACAAUGCUCUGUCCUUGUUUCUCAUUGUUUAAGUUCGCUCACUGAGUUCAUGGAUAACAUGUCCUUUUUAGAUGCCUUCUUAACUGAUACAAGGGAACAGAAGGAACUUGGUAAAUAUGACUUCUGUUGGACAAGUGAAAAGGUUAAAAGUGGCCUCUGCGAUGAAUUUAGUAUGGAGAGUGGUGAUGUGCGGACUUCUCAAGACUCUGCAGAAUUAAAGGCAGCUAUACAAGCGCUCAGCUUUAUUAAAUGUUCUUCUACUAUUUCAAAGGCAUUGGAAUCCUUGAAUUCUUGCAAGAAAUUAGGAAAAGAUCCAACCAACGAGCUUACUUUUUAUGUUUCACAAAAACAUAAUAAUGUAUGCUUUAGCCAAUCAGCAGCUAAUUUGAACAAUGCUUGGAAGAGGAUAGCAGUCAUUAAAAGUGUAUUUUCAAGUCGAUCUCUACUGAAUGUAGGUAAUAGACAAGCCAGUAUAACUGAGUACCUGCCAACUCUCCGGAACAUUUGCAGGACUGAGAAGCUAAAAGAACAAGACAAAUGUAAAAGAAGGUUCCUGCACUAUUUUGAAGGAAUUCAUCUGGACAUUCCGAAAGAGACUGUGAAUAGUUUGGCAGCUGACUUCCCUUAAUAUUGAGCAUUUACUCUGCUUCAUACAAAUUAUGUGGUGCUUGAGAUACGUUGUUGUAUAAUGUUGACUCUCAUGGAAGUGUUCAUUUCUGUUAAUGUACAUUUAAAAGAGAUUGUAAUUUUUAUUGCUGUGCAGAUAUUUAAAAUGAAAAAAUUUGAAUUAUAAAUUGUAUAUAAUUGUAGUUUUUCCUGAAUUUUUUUAUAGUAUCUAAUUUUACUUUGUUGGUAUAUUUUUGGUAUAUGAAUGAACUGUUUCUAGAAAGUAGAGUUCACUAAGGUAUUUCUAAAGAUAUAGUGCUAAACUAAUGUUAUAUUUUUUCCCUUUUCUAUUACCCUCUACCCAGCUCUCUCCAAAUCAGUUCUCUGAGACUGAAAAUAUGAAGCACAUAGACGGUGAUCUUUUUAAAAUAAAUUUACACAAGUCAGAAUUUUUUUAAAAAAAAUUACAUAUGCAAUGCUUAUGAAAACAUCCCAGCAUACUUACCAUUGAGUCAACAUUCUGAAUAAGUUUUCAUAAAUUAUUUUUAGUACCCCUAUGUAGGUGAUACCUGUGUAUUUUGCCAACUCAAGUCACUUGUUUCAUAAAUUUUUCUUGUCUUUCUAUGUUUCACAAUAAUAUUACUGGCAUUAAUAUGUCCAUUGUGGACAAGCUGCUGGUCACUAAAACUGGUAUACAUGAUAAUUCUGCCGUAUGAUUUUUUAUUCUAACCAUUUCUAUGUAUGUUUUCUUCAUUUUCUCGUGUUGAGGGUUAAACCUAGAACCUUGGACAUGUGAGGCAAGCUUUCCACCACUGAGUUACAUCCCAAGCCCUGCUUUUGUUUUUGAGACAAUCUUGCUGUUACCCAGGCUGGUCCCACACAGGUGGGCUCACACAAUCCUGCAACCUCACUCAGUUUACAAGUAAUUAAGAUUACAGAUGUAUGCUGCCACACCCAGAAGGUUCAUGUUUUUUUGGGGGAAAAUGUAUAUAUUGUAACUCUGGUUAAUAAGAUCUUAAAAUAUCAUGUUGUAAUCAGAUAAUCAGGUUUAAAAUCACUGUAUUUCAAAUGUCUGUAUUAUAGCUUAAUAUUUCAGAUACAUUAUCUACUGAAUUGUACUUUAACUAAAAAGGAUCCUAAUUUUGUAGUUUUUAAAAAUAGAUGCAAACUUGUUUUUAAAUAUGUGUAAGAUGUUUUUACCUCUUAUUUGUUCAACUUACCUUUUCUUGUGUCAAUUAGUAUACUGAUCUAAUUAAAGGUUAAAGCUAAAGCCUAAUUAUGUAGGAUUUAAAUAGAAGCCCAAGAAACACAUCAUAAAUAUGUAUAUUGUGCAGAUUUGUAUAUAGCCUGUAUCUUACAGAUUUUGUUCCUGUACAGAAGAGAGAACAGUGUCUUCUGAAGCUUUAAGUGCACUCACCUGUUUUUCUACUGACUUUUAUUCUGUAGGCCCUCCUCUCUUAAUUAGGUGUUUUAUUAUUAAAAAGCUGACAAUUCUCAACAGAAGUAAAAUAAUACCAUAGAACUGUAUUCAAGUGGUUACAAAUCAAUAAAUAAGCAAAGUGUGAUGAUG